UAUCCUCAUUUUUUCCCUCAAACAUCCGCCUCCCUCCCUUAUACUCUCUCUCUCUCUCUCUCUCUAAGACUCACCAUAACAAACACAUCUUGCUCCCCCUUUCUCCUCCCUUGCCGCCUCACCCCUUUUCCGGUGAAACCACACUCGCGAAGCCCCUUAAGCCGCCGUCGGCAACUCCCUCCAUUCGUGAUGAACAACCACCGAUGAGCCAGCCUCCGACGCCGGACAAACCAGCCUCCGCGCCACUAACCACCAGUCACCAGUCAACGCUGCAACCAUCGACCAGAGCCAGACCCUUGGUGGACAAUGCACCUCCUCUUGUAGAAGAAGAUAUUGAUGCAGAUUUGAUUGGUCUAAUUCCUGGAGAUACAUGUUUGGUAGAGUGUUUAUCGAGAUUGAUGGAUCUUCGUGGUAUCUUGCGUCAAAAGAAGUUAAUGACGCUGUAAGGAAGAGCGUUAUGAGACUUUUUACAUAUCCUUGGCACGACUGGUGGGAUAUUCCAAUAGUCUCUAAACAAGCCAUGUUUCAAGAGUUUAAGCACGAUCAGGUCAUUUCUACAAUUUUUGAGAAACAUGCUACUAUGUCACAUCAGAUUGCACAUCUUAGACGGGCCUUAGCACAGGCCGUUGCUCCUGAUUCAAGUAGCGAAGAGGAAACAGAUAGUGAUGAAAAGUUUGUUGGGGCUCGUUAGUGUUGUUGGACUUGACUUUUAGAUAAUUUUUAGAUAUUUUGAACUUAGCUUUUAAUUAGUGAAAAAUCUUUAGGAUUGUUUUAAGUAUUUUGAAUGUUGUUGGAUUCAUUGUUUAAGUGUUGUUGAUUUGAAUUGCUUGAA